AUGGUUAUACGUCUUCGUGGUGUAGCGACAGAAGCUAUCAAGAAUAUCGUCUUGGCUGGUAUCGGCAAACUGAUCGUGAUAGACGAUAGUCUCGUACAACCAGAAGAUGUAUUUACUGGUUUCUUCUUCAGGGAAGAGGAUGUGAACGUGAAAAGACGCGUUGACGCAGCGAAACCGCAUAUACAAUCUCUCAAUCCUUUGGUCACUGUCGAAGUCUCCCAUAAUCUGUCUGCAUUGACCAGCGAGGAAGCUUUGGGUAACAUGCUUCAGGAUGUAGAUCUUGUUUGCUUGACGGAUAUGGACCAAGCUACAGCGAUACGAGUCAAUGACGCGGCCAGAAAGCUGGGAAAGAAGUUCUAUUGUGCAGGAUCCUUUGGUCUUUCUGGAUAUAUAUUCUGUGACCUUGUUGAACAUCAGCAUGUAGCUGC